CUCCUCUUCCUUCGCCGCCGCCGCCGCCGCCGGCGCCACCGCCCACUCGGGGUUGGCUUGCAGCGGGCAGCCGGGCGCAGAGUAGGGCCGGGGUGGGUAAGCGCACGGCCAUGGCCCCGUGGCUGCAGCUCUGCUCUGUCUUCUUCACUGUCAACGCCUGUCUGAACGGCUCGCAGCUGGCCGUGGCCGCCGGUGGCUCCGGCAGAGCGCGGGGCGCCGACACCUGUGGCUGGAGGGGAGUGGGGCCAGCUAGCAGAAACAGCGGGCUGCACAAUAUCACCUUCAGAUAUGACAACUGUACCACAUACUUGAAUCCAGUGGGGAAGCAUGUGAUUGCUGAUGCCCAGAACAUCACCAUCAGUCAGUAUGCUUGCCACGACCAAGUGGCAGUCACCAUUCUUUGGUCCCCAGGGGCCCUUGGCAUUGAAUUCCUGAAAGGAUUUCGGGUAAUACUGGAGGAGCUAAAGUCAGAGGGACGGCAGUGCCAGCAACUGAUUCUGAAGGACCCAAAGCAGCUCAACAGUAGCUUCAAAAGGACUGGAAUGGAAUCUCAACCUUUCCUGAAUAUGAAGUUUGAGACGGAUUACUUUGUAAAGAUUGUUCCUUUUCCUUCCAUUAAAAAUGAAAGCAAUUAUCACCCUUUCUUUUUCAGAACCCGAGCCUGUGACCUGUUGUUGCAGCCGGACAACCUGGCCUGUAAACCCUUCUGGAAGCCUCGAAACCUGAAUGUCACCCAGCACGGUCUGGACAUGCAGGUGUCCUUUGACCACGCACCGCACUCCUUUGGCUUCCGUUUCUUCUAUCUUCAUUACAAGCUCAAGCACGAGGGACCCUUCAAGCGGAAGACUUGUAAACAGGAGCAAAAUACAGAGACAACCACCUGUCUCCUUCAAAAUGUAUCUCCAGGGGAUUAUAUAAUUGAGCUGGUAGAUGACUCUAAUACAACAAGGAAAGUGAUGCAUUAUACCUUGAAGCCAGUGCAUUCUCCAUGGGCUGGGCCCAUCAGAGCCAUAGCCAUCACUGUGCCGCUGGUGGUCAUAUCAGCAUUCGCAACACUCUUCACUGUGAUGUGCCGUAAGAAGCAACAAGAAAAUAUAUAUUCACAUUUAGAUGAAGAGAGUUCUGAGUCCUCCACCUACACUACAGCACGUCCCAGAGAGAGGCUUCAGCCACGGCCGAAGGUCUUUCUCUGUUAUUCCAGUAAAGAUGGCCAGAAUCACAUGAAUGUCGUCCAGUGUUUUGCCUACUUCCUACAGGACUUCUGCGGCUGCGAGGUGGCUCUGGACCUAUGGGAAGACUUUAGCCUCUGCAGAGAAGGGCAGAGAGAAUGGGUCAUCCAGAAGAUCCACGAAUCCGAGUUUAUCAUCGUGGUCUGUUCCAAAGGCAUGAAGUACUUUGUGGACAAGAAGAACUACAAGCACAAGGGAGGUGGCCGAGGCUCCGGGAAAGGGGAGCUCUUCCUGGUGGCGGUGUCGGCCAUUGCAGAAAAGCUCCGCCAGGCCAAACAGAGCUCAUCGGCCGCGCUCAACAAGUUUAUUGCGGUCUACUUUGAUUAUUCCUGCGAGGCAGACGUUCCUGGCGUCUUGGACCUGAGCACCAAGUACAAGCUCAUGGACAACCUUCCCCAGCUCUGUUCCCACCUACACUCGCGAGACCACAGCCUCCUGGCGCCAGGGCAGCACCCGGGACACGUCAGCAGGAGGAACUACUUCCGGAGUAAGUCCGGCAGGUCCCUGUACGUCGCCAUUUGCAACAUGCACCAGUUUAUUGAUGAGGAGCCAGACUGGUUUGAGAAGCAGUUCGUUCCUUUCCACCCUCCCCCGCUCCGCUACCAGGAGCCAGUCCUGGAGAAGUUUGACUCCGGGUUGGCCCUAAAUGAUGUCCUGUGCAAGCCAGGGCCCGAGAGUGACUUUUGUCUCAAGGCGGAGGUGCCCGUCCCUGGGUCUCCUGCCGACUUGCACUCGGAGGGUCAGCAUCUGGGUAUGGACGAAGACGCGGAGGUUGGGCCCAGUGCCAUCGGCAGCUCGGUCCUGCAGCCCCUGUUGCAUGUAGUGAAAGCUGUCAGCACCUCGGGCAUGCCUCGGGACUCGGGCAUCUACGACUCCUCUGUGCCCUCCUCCGAGCUGUCACUGCCCCUGAUGGAAGGGCUCUCAGCGGACCAAACAGAAACGUCCUCGCUGACGGAGAGUGUAUCAUCCUCCUCAGGCCUGGGUGAGGAGGACCCUCCUGCCCUUCCAUCCAAGCUCCUCACCUCUGGGGUGUAUAAAGCAGAACCUGGUUGCUACAGCUACACUGGUGAACUCUACACGGCCGCCCCUUUGUAAUGAAACUGAAGAGUCUAAGCAUUGCCACUUUAGCUGCUGCCUUUCUCUGGUUCCCCAGCUCAUCUCUCUGGUUGGGUAGCCCACUUGGAGCUGAGGUCUCCUACCAGGAUGUUUGGAGUGAAAUUCAUGCCAGUACUUGUUCUCCUUGCCCCUACUCUCUAACAUAUCUUGGCAAAGUCUUUGAUUUUCUAAAACCAUAUGGAUCUCUGAAAGGCAUGUCCAUAAGAUCUGACAACAGCUUGCCAUGUUAGGUCAGACCCUGGAUUAGAGCCAGUACUGGGAGGUAGGGAGGAAACAUGUAAAGAGGGACAGGAAAAUACCUGCACUGAUUGUUCAGACUUAAUUUAUCUCUGCAGACUUUGCCCAUUCACUGUUGGCUGCUUUGAUUUGAAAUGCUUUGUAGAAAAAGCACUUUUAAUGCUAUUACAACCAUAGAAAUCAAGUGUCAGUCUAUCUGGAAUCCAUGUCAUUAUAGAUAUUACUGUCCAUUUUUGGUGUGGCACUUAUGAUGCCAUGGAUGUGAAAAAAGGCCUAGAAGAUGACUGAAUAUAUAAUCACCUUUCAUAAAAACGAGUCUUUAUGUAUUAAUAGGUGACAUGCUGGCUGAGAGGGGGCGAUUGCAGGGCCAGGACGAUCAUCUGUACCACUUUUUCUGAGAUGGGUUGGUCAACAUGCAAUGACACCAGGGCUUAGCAGCCAGGACCACCUCCUGGUAUGAGUAGGCAUCAUGCAAGGGCCACAUCUGGCUGCCAGGCUUUCCUGGGCUACAUUUACUGCACUAUACCUCAGAUGUUGGUGUCUGGAAUUUUGUUUUUAAGAGACUGAUACAUGACUGGGCUGUAGUACUGGAAGUUGCAGUUCAUGUGUCUGUUGGCCUCUGGUCUAAAGCUGUGUCCAAAAUAUUUGGGGUGAGAAUCCACUGAAGUACACAGUGUUGGAGAUGGUGGCCAUUUGAUCUGCUGAACUGGUUUUGACUAAUGACAAGCCUCUUUUUAAGAAGGUGAAAAGGAGGGGACUGUCCCAAAGACGAAUGUGCUCUUCAAAUAUUGUCUAAAGAGGACAUGGAACCUGAAAUCAGUAAAUUUUUGAAUCUUAAAAGUAUUACCCCCACAACCCAGCUUGUGACUCAUGUUUCACUUUGUGUUUAUAUUGUACUUACCCAAUGAAAGAUUUGUCUCUUGUGCUCCGUCCUACUAAAAACAGCUAUUCAGAGUUUAGGAAAGAAUUUUCUAUAGAAAGAAAAUGUAAAUGUUCUGUUUUUAUGAAUGGCUUCUUCUACAGAAUUCCUGUUUCCAAAGGGGAAACAGUUGUUCCCUUCUCCUCCCCAUGUCCUUCUGGGAAUGUGAGCAUCCUUUUCCACCUUUUUCACAGGAGUUGUUGGCUUUGACACCCUCUUUUCUCAGCAUACACACCAGGGACCAUGGUUUUGACUCCAGCAAUGUUGAAGGGGACACAAGGAACAUCCUGAGGAGGAGUGGGAGGUAGAAAGGGGCAGGAGUUCUCUUUCCAAGCACAUGCUUGGCAGGUGGGGGAAGGAAGGUUUACAGUCCUCCUAGAAAGAAGAGGUUUGCGUGCAUUUUUAAUGCAAAUGCCGUGUACCCUGCUCUGUAAAGGCAGCUGGCAGUUUCUUGUAAGAAGAACGUGAUCGUCUGUUCUCUGGCAUCGAGUUUCCUGCAGCUGCUCUGAGGGAGAAACAAGUGAGCAGCAGAACUGCGUGCCCCAGAAAACCAGACAUCUUGUUGGAGAAGAGACAUUCCAUGUUGUCGCCAUGGAAUACAGGACAGCAAAGAGCUCCUGUCCACAUGUGACUGUCUUGCCGUUCCAUCCUUGGCAUGCAUUCUGUGAAGGAGAUUGGUCAGUUCAAACUUGGCCAACAUAUGAAAAUUCACUUUGAAACAUUAUGAGAGAGAUUUCUUAUUGAGGCUAAAUGGUGCGUGCCCCAAAGGAGAGUAAGAGCCACUUUUAGGAUAGAUGUUCAGCUUCACAUGUGAAAUAAGGCAUCUCUGAAAAAGCAGCCCCAGUGACAGCAUGGUGGACUGGGGUAGGGGAGCAUCAGCUGGGCUUCAUGGGCAGAGAUUGCUAAAUGAAUUCACAUAUGAAAAUGAAAGGGGAAAAGGUGCUAGUCCAAAAAUCAGCUAAUGUUUUAUUUUGGAUUUAGGGUUUUGGUAUUUACUUUGAAAUGUAAUGUUUGUAUGAUGUUCAACAAAAUCAAACUGAUGUACCAAGUAAUGAAACCAUAGUGUGAAUGCCUAACUCAGAGUAAGUUGAGAAGUCCAACUUCCUGUUUUCUGUCUUACUAGUUUCUCUUUUUUUCCACCCUCCCCAUCUCAUGCUGGGAAUAGAAAUAAUUGCCUUAUAGGCAAAGAAUCUGUUUAAGCAGUGCUCCAUAUUUUGACUCAUACAUUGUUCCAGAUAGUGGAAAUGAUAAACUGGAAUUAAGAUCAAGGUUCUGUAAGUCACAGGCUUUUAAACAAUGGGGAAACAAGAAAUAGAAUAUAGGGAUGAUCUCAAUGAGUCCCUGGUUUUGAGAGUCAAAGGCUUGCAUAGGUAAGUUAGAUGGUGUCCUCUGGACAGGAAAACAAAUGUAAAUCCAAGGUUCCAGGUAACCAAGAAGCCUGCAAGUAGUUGAAGGUAGAGAGCUGGUUGUUUAUCUUAACUCAUCAGUACCCUACAGAAAGGACUUAGCACUUGACGCAGUCAGCUUUUCCAGGAGAGUGAUCAGGGAGGUAAAAUCCCAGGUCAAGGUGUGUUCUUUCAGAGGUCAACUACAAGCAACGGUGACCGUCUGGAUGGUCCCAGUACAGCCACACAAUGGGCAGAAGAAACUCCAGAGAGCCCAGUCCUGGGCCUUUGAGCCACACUGAUCUCUAGAAAGAAUCAGAAGUCAUUCAGGUCCAGGCCCUGGUGGCAGACCCAGCCAAGUAAUGGUUUAGGGUUGGCCAAAAAGUCCAUUAAUGUUUUUUUCAUAUGAUAACUCUAGUAGUGCUUAGUUGUCUUUAACUUCACUUGAAACUGUUUUGUUAGAUUGUAUUGUGACAUUGUCAUAUCAGCAUGCAUUAAAAAAAUCAAAAUUGGUGUAUUUUUGUGUAGCCAUUUUAAUAUUGAAGAUGGAAGAAAAUAUGCAACAUUUUUGGCAUAUCACGCUUUAUUAUUUCAAGAAAGGCAAAAAGACGCAACUGAAAUGCAAAAAAAGAUUUCUGCAGUGUUUGGAGAAGGUACUGUGACUGAUGAAGUAUGUCAAAAGAGGUUUGCGAAGUUUCUUGGUACUAUUGACAUUCUGGCCAAACAGUUCUUUGCUGUGAAGCUGCCUUAUGUGUUGGAAGAUGUUUAGCAGCACCCCUGGCCUCUGCCCACUAGAAACCAAUAUUGGGAGGCAGCUCGCUGACAUUCUCAAAAUAUCCAAAUCAAUAAGGUUAUUGGGUGAAAAUGAAAAAUGUGUUUUUUAUUUUAUGGAAAAAACCAUGCAGACAUUCUGGCCAACCCAAUAUUUAGAGACAAAAAUGAAAUGGGGCCAUAAAGUCAUGAGACAGAGUUUCUGGUUGACAUAUUAGCAGUAACUAAAGAUAGUCCCAGAUCAGAAGUUCAAAAAAUGUCUUCAGCAAUGACAUUUGCUAAAUGUCUGAUGACAAUGACAUUAUUGGAAUCAAUGUGUCAUAACUUAAGUUCAUGAAUGUUUGUCAAAGUUUACUGCUACUCCUUUAUAGCCACAAUUUUUUGUUGUUGUUGUUGUUAAAUAAAAAACAACUUCUAGUCUCAGGUUCCCUGACUUAAGUGUAAGUAAACAGAAAAGCUGUCCCCCUAAAAAUGUGGGAUUAUUUGAUUUUUUCAGACCCCUGCCCCAGGGUUGAGCAUCUUUUCUUAAAAGGGGCAGGGGGAUUGAUUUUCUUGGAGAAGAAAUAACAUACCCUCCUCCCCAAAGAGAGAAAACCCGGCUGUUGGCAACUGCUUGAAUACUAAUUUGGCUCUCUUAGAGGUAGGAAUUACUCUUCAUGUCUUUAUUGGAGAGAAGUGGGCAAUGCCAAUGUGAAGGUUAUUAGACUCUUACAUUGUUAGUGAGAACUGUUACCCCUAUUUAACAGAUGGUAUGCCUUUGGGGGCACUAGUGUUGCAGGAUAGUUGUAAAGAAACAUAAGGUUUAGUUUUAAAUGGCAGUGACAUGUCCUCUUAGUGAUGGGGAUAUCAUAAGUCAUGGUGGGGACCCUGGCAAACUGAAAGGCUCCUCUCCUACCUACAGCAGGUAUUUACUACUGCCAGUUGUGGCCACCCAUGGUUGCCUGAUCUUCCUAUAUUUCAAAAGAAGCUGAGAAGCUGCAUUUUUAUAUGGAAAAAUCUGAUUUGCAUGUCGUGUAGUGGUGGCAUUCAGACCCAACAGAACACAUGGGUGAACCUGAUUUGGCCCACUAGCUGCCAGUUUGUUACCCACCUUUGCUUUAUAAGAUUUGAAAUUAAAGGCAUACAUGGUAAUUAGAGAUGUCUGAUACCACCAGAAAAUGCUCUUGCUAAACACAGUCGGUAGCUGGAUUGCUUCUUUCCCUCAUUGCUUCCCCAAAGAAAUUUCAUAUGACUGUGGAUGUAUUUGAAAUAUUUUGAUUGCUGCUUUAUAUUUCAUGGUGUCUUAAAAGAAAGGUAAGCUAGUUAUUAAUUUUAAAAUCAGGUUUAUGUUCUUCCCAUUUAAAAAUAGGACAUUUAGAACAAUUUUACUUAAACUCUACAGCCUGAAGGACUUUAUUUAUCAUUUUAGCUUUUGACUUAAUCAGUUUUUUAGGUGGUGUGCGAUUCUGCGCUUACGCCAAGACUUAAGGAAGCACAGGCAUUGUGGGGAGUAGGGCAAGGAGUGAGUGUCCACUAGAGCCAGGUAUUUGCAUUGUCUUCCACUUUAAAUGACCUGUGAAUUGACUCUGUUUUGGAAGUGUGAAAUCAUAUAAGGAGAAAAGCUUUUCCUGAUAUUGAGAUACCAGUUAGGAGUCAUCAUUGGGAUAUGGGGUCAUACUUGCUGUAUUACCUCCUUUCCAGGCUCAGGGUGAAGAUAAACAAAAGGAAGUCUGACUGUAAGCCAACAGCUUUGAUUUUGAUUUCAGAUUUUUGGGGGUGGGAGAAAGUUUGGAUUAUCUAGCAUGCUCCCCCUGACGACAGACAGGGCUGCUCCUGAAUUAUUUCAAACAUAUGGCUGUGAAUGGGAUUCUGGGUUUUCAAAAAAGGAGAUUCUGUAACCUAUCCUGCUGAUCAGAUAGUUCUUUGUAUGUCUUCCUUAUAGAAAUUCAAACCAGCCUUCUUUUGUUCAGCGUGCAGUGGAAAAAGAACAGCUGGUCACCUUCCCUGUAUUUGAAAACCACAGUGAAGUCAUUCCCCUGGUGUUUUUAUUUCAGUGAUAAAUAAUCCCACCUACUUAUGCCAUUCUUCAUAGCUCUUAUUUUCUAAGGGCUUAGUAAUUUUCACUGCUAUUCUUUUUCUCAGCUUCACACUCAGUUUAGUUGCCCAAAUAGAAUCUGGUGCCUGAUUCACGUUGGUGCUUUAUGUAGGCCAAGCUCAGAAUGGGGAUUACAGGGAAAUUCUUAUGUGCCAGCUUCUCUUACUACUUAAAAAUAUAAUGUCACUUAAAAAAUAUCACCUUUAUUCAUUUUGAGGAGUGUUUGAUUGCCACAUUUUUUUCUUGGCAAUAGUAGUCCUUAUAUAUGGGAUUUCCUCUGCCUCUUGUGGUCAAUGCUUGGUCUCAUUCCUGAUGUGUUUAAUGUAAUUCUUGAGCUGCUUCAAGAUACUCUUCAAGAUCAGCUCUUACCUUCUGAGUGGCAGCUAUCCCUACGUCCCAAUUUUGGGUUCUGUUUUUACAUAUCUCUAACAUCUCCUUUAAUUCAUGAGUCACAACAAUGGUGUAGACUUCAGAUUGACCACUGAUGAGCUAGACUGUAGUUGCUAAGGGCUAAUUUGCAAAGAGGUCAAGUGAAGACCUCUUGGCAAUUUUGAUCAGUUGUCUUCUCUCUUGGUCUUUGGUUCCUCUCCAAAAUUCAGCUGUGACCACAGACUCCCCCAGGAGCUUUUUUUUUUAUGUUCUAAAAGGCUACAGCUAUGACUCUGAACUCACCCAGCCCUGUGAGUCUGGAAAAGCAAACACACAACCAGAAGUCUAACAAAAGUAAAUCUCUGUGACUGGUUUAUGUCAUAUAAAACUUCAGUAGAUAAGAUUUAAAGAAGCAAUCUUUUGUUCAUACAUGAUGUAGACAAAGCUGACCACUCCAUUCAUUAUACACACAAAAAAUUACCACUGGGUAAUAUUAAUAUGUAAGCAUCUGGUUUUUUUUUAAGGUUUUAUUUGUCUUGAAAAAGCAUAGUGAGUGUGGACAGAGAAAAAACUUUUGUAAAAACCAAAUGUGUUCACUUAGAGAGUAGGUAACUUCUAUUUUCACUGUUAGUUUGCUUUUUUUCCUUUCCUACUACAGAAGCUCCCUGUUAGUGCAUUCCAGGGGGAAAGCCUGUGGAGCGCGGUGGUUACUGCCAUUGUCCUUGUUUCAUCACUAAGUGUGUCCCUUGUGGUGGAAUAGUGAGCACUGACAGACUGUAGCAGUGUGCUGUAUUUUUACAUUGGAAACAAUGUCUUUUGAUUUGUACAUAAUUCUGAAUAGGUGACAGUAGAUCACAGCUGACAUUUGCAAAAUGAUGUUUUUGUACCUUUAGAAUUUUUGCAUCAAAUAAAGUGUUUUGUUUUAA